CAACCUAGUAAGAUGAAGCUCGUGUUUGCAAAUGCGUUACUUGUGUGCCUUCUUCUCCUUAGCUCCUCUAUGUUGCAAAUCUCAAUGGCUGGUUCUGCUUUCUGUGACUCAAAGUGUGGUGAGAGAUGUGCAAAAGCUGGGGUUCAGGACAGAUGCUUGAAGUUCUGUGGGAUCUGCUGCGAGAAGUGCAAGUGCGUGCCAUCUGGGACUUAUGGGAACAAGCACGAGUGUCCAUGCUACAGAGACUUGAAGAACUCAAAGGGCAAAGACAAAUGCCCUUAAUUAAUCGAUUUCACCCUUCCAUUCCACCCUUAUGCCAUCCAUCUAUUUAUCAAGUUCCUUAUCAAAUUAUAUAUAAAUAUAAUCUCAAUAAAUUUUAUUGUUGCGACUUGUAAU